CUUUUAUUUUCCUUGGGAUGUGAAAUUCUUCUGACUGGAUAAAGUGGAGACAUCCGAUGACUACAAGGAGAUGACAGCUGCGGCGGAGAAGGGGUUAACCCCCAAUGCAUCCUCCGAAGCCUUCGGGGGUCUCAUAGUGGAUGAAGAACACAGUCGAAUCGUCCUGGCCAUCUACAUUUUCACCUUCAUCACGGGCCUACCGUCCAACCUGUUGGCUUUCUAUGCCUUUCUAGUCAAGGUUCGUAAGAAGCCGACUCCGGUGGACAUCUUCCUCCUCAACUUGACCAUUUCGGACCUCCUCUUGUUGUCCUUCCUUCCUUUGAAGAUGCGGGAGGCUGCUGUUGGUAUGAUCUGGGAUAUGCCAUUGUUUCUUUGUCCCCUUACAGGAUUUUUCUACUACAGUAGCAUCUACAUCAGCACGUUGUUCCUCACCGCCGUCAGUGUAGAGCGUUACCUUGGCGUGGCUUUUCCAAUCAAAUACAAGCUCCAUCGGAAACCUGCCUACGCCACCUUCGCAAGCAUCAUCAUCUGGUUCCUAUCCUGUGCGCACUGCACCAUAGUGUAUGUGGUCCAGUACACUACACCCAACAACAUCACCAGCGUGACCAAAUGCUACGAACAAUUCAAUAAGGAGCAGCUGAAGAUUCUGUUACCGGUACGUUUGGAGUUAGGGGUGGUCCUCUUCUUCAUUCCAUCCAUCAUAACUCUUUAUUGUUACAUAAACUUUGUGCGGAUUCUGAUGUCCUUACCCAACAUCCCAAAGAGGAGAAAGCUGAGAGCUAUUGGCUUGGCCAUCGCCACUCUAGUCAACUUUUGCAUCUGUUUUGCUCCGUACAAUAUUUCUCAUAUUGUUGGUUUUAUACAAAAUGAGAGUCCAAAAUGGAGGGUGGACGCGCUUCUUCUCAGCACGUUAAAUGCCUCAUUGGAUCCGGUUGUUUUUUAUUUCACUUCAACCACUGUCAAGAAAACUUUCUUUUACAUUUUAUCUAUCAUCUUUGAAAACUUGAGGAACACCUGCCCCUGUAAGAAGCUUUAUCCAUCCCUGCGUAAUGCCCCAUAUAGAGACAGCAACACAGAUAGGUCCUCCACUUGA